GCAAAAAGUCAAAGGCACUUUGGAAAACAUAUCGGAUCAAGUAAAAAGAUAAAAGAAUAAAAUAGUCCUACAAUUUGUCGAUCGUUUUGAGAGAUGACAUCAAUAGUGACCAUAAUAUUCGCUCUGGCCGCUUGUGAAAUUGUGGCAGGAAGGGAAUUCAGCACUAGACUUCGAGUUGUUCAAGACGUUACUUUGGAAAGAGGCAACGUGAAUUUUGAUUACCUGAAGUACCUCAUUGUUGGAACUCAUCCUAAUUACCCCCUGAAACGCAGUCUCGUCCAAUUCCAUCCCCUGCAGGUCCAUGGCUGUGACCAUGUGAAGAGGGCUUAUCUUUUUCUUUACUAUGCAUACGCCCACAAAGCAAGCUUCAUGUCCAACGCUCAGGUACCUAGUUUCCCACGUCAAAUUGUAGCCCAUCAAGUGGUAAAAUAUUGGAGUGAAUCUCAAGCAACCAGCACAAAGCGUUAUGGAAAUCACUAUUGGGAUAAACAAUGGUUAAAUCUCGGGACUGAUGCAUUUUUUUAUCCAACAAGUUCUGGUGUUACCAUCACCCCUGGAGUAAACCAUCCUGGUUUUUAUCCUAUCGACGUCACAAGUGCUGUUCGAAAUUGGAAAAAUGGUCAAUCAAACUUUGGUCUUCUAAUCCGAGCGACAAACGAAGUCCGUCAAGGUAGAGAUUUCCGUUUUUAUAGUAAAUCUGCAUAUUCAUUUCAACAUCCAUAUAUAUCUGUGAUCUGCGAGUCUAAUUCUUCUGGUGGUAAUGGUGGUAUAGUUCCUGUGUCAGGAGGAGGAAUUGGUCCAGCCGUGUAAUGAAUUUUGUACUGACAGAACUUUGAAACUAAAUAUUUCAUAGUAAUUGAAGUUGUAACUGCAUGUAAUCAUUUGCUUUCUAAAUA